CAAGUUAUUUUUCUUGCACAAACAGUAACCAUUUCACAUUGUGUUGCUUCUCUUUUUUCCCUGCACGUAACUGAAUCUUAAGGUUAUUCAACAAAAGCAUCAUCAGAGAGAUGGUAGUAGCAGCUUAUGCAACUUUGCGUUCCCUCUCACAUGUCCUUACCAAUCUCCAACAUCCUGCUCGUCUCCAUCGGCUUCAUGUUGACACAAAUCGAAUUCAGAGCCUGCAGGAGACUGUUCAGUUCUUGCUAGACUUUCUCGAUGCUCAUUCCCAAAGAAUAAGUGAAGAAAUUGGAGUUCUGGGGAGGCAAAUUGCUGAUGCUGCUGCAGAAGCAGAAGAAGUUGUUGACCGCCAUGUAGUGGAUCAGCUUCGCUUUAGAUCUGAGGAAGAAAGUCACUGUAUGGCAGCCCUCUCAUCUUUCUCUCAAGAUAUAGACAAACUUACUGGACAGUUGGAUUCCCUCACAAAAGAGUUAACGAAGGUGGUGAAAGAAGAAUGGGCAGUCGACGCCCAAGAAGAGCAGUGCAUAGUGUCUGUUCCUGUCAAAUCACCAGAAGUGCUUCCUUCGAGUGGCAAGAAGACUAUUAUGGUGGGAUUUGAUGAAGACUUGGAACAAAUCUUGGAUAAGCUCACUAGAGAUGAACCUGAUCUCCACAUCCUCCCCAUUGUAGGGAUGGGAGGCAUUGGUAAGACUACUUUAGCUCAAAAUAUUUUUGAUCAUCCAUAUACUGUGCACUACUUUCCUAAACGAAUUUGGCUUACAAUAUCUCAAGAAUGUAGUGUACGGGAACUUCUUUCAUCCCUUCUUGAUAAUGGAAAAGAGCAAGAGAGUAAUCAAACUUUGGCCGAAUUAGGACAACGAUUGUACCAAAGUUUGUUCGGGGAAAGAUAUUUGAUAGUUAUGGAUGAUGUAUGGAGUGUAGAGGCUUGGAAUGAUUUAAAGUUGUUCUUUCCAAAUAACAGUAAAGGAAGUCGAGUUAUGUUGACUACUAGGGAGUCAAGCUUGGCGAAAUCUUUAGGCUCUCAGGAAUCUUAUUUGUUAGAUUUUCCAAAUGAGGAAAAUAGUUGGAAUUUGUUUUACCAAGAAACCUUUGCACAAAAAGAUUGUCCAUAUCCGGAAUUGGAGGAAAUAGGUAAGAACAUUGCAAAGAGUUGCAAUGGACUUCCACUAACAAUUGUUGUACUCGGCGGGCUGCUUGCAAACUCCAACAUGACACGGGAAUAUUGGGAGUCUGUCGCAAAAGAUGUAAGCACUUUUCGUACUUCAAAAGAUUAUGAGGGAUGUCUAAAGAUAUUGUCUUUGAGCUAUAACAAUUUGCCCGUUUAUCUUAAACCAUGUUUUCUCUAUAUGAGUGUUUUUCCUGAAGAUUCUAAGAUUUGUGUUUCCAGACUAACCAGAUUAUGGAUUGCUGAAGGAUUUCUAAAACCAAUAAGAGGUAAAAGCUUGGAAGAGGUAGCAGAGAAAUACUUAAGAGACCUUAUUGAUAGAAAUCUAAUUUUGAGUCUUGAAUUUAAGAUUGAUGGAAAAUUAAAAGAAUGUGGAAUCCAUGAUCUUCUUAGAGAUUUAUGUUUGACAGAAUAUGAAAAAGAACAUUUCAUUUAUGCCCCAAAAGUGCAACGUGUUGAUGCUUGCAGUGUGAAGGACAUGUGCUUCAUGUGUGGCCUUGGGACCUCACUCCAAAGGAUAGAUCUAAAUGAAGUGCAUGAUGGCUCACAACUGACAUCUCUUGCAAGUGUUUUGGUCUGUAACACCUGCAAAAAUACUUAUCCGAGUCUUAAUAAAGCGAGAGUGGUGAGGACAAGAUUAGUGAAAAUUUUGGGGCGUCCUCGUGAAGUAGAAUCUCUGCACCCUACUAGCUUGCGGUAUCUUCAGAUGGUCGAUGUGACUUUAUACGAGUUUUUGUAUCCAUCUACAAUAGCUUUACUCUGGAAUCAACAGACUUUUGAAAUUUUCUCUUUUCCCCCUUAUAGUAAAAUAUCUCUACCAUACGUAAUGUGGGAUAUGCCACAGCUUCAGCAUUUUAUUGGUUCAGCUCAUUUUAUUUUGCCUAAAGAAGCAACUACUCAAGAUUUUGAUAUUAUGAAAAACCUACAUACGCUUUUUGGUAUGAGAAAUUUCAGGUGUACAGAGGAGGUUCUAAGAAGAAUACCGAAUCUGAAUAAAUUAGGUAUUUACUAUGAUAAAGAGAAUGAAAUAGAAUGGACGUACUACUGUCUCUACAAUCUUGUUCGUCUGCAAAAACUCGAAUCACUUUCUAUCGAAGCUUACAAUCUUCGAUUGGAGAAUCUCACCUUCCCGACUUUACUUAAGGAGCUGUGCUUGAAAGGUUGUAAUAUUCCUUGGGAAAAGAUAAUGACUGUUGGCUCCUUAUUGCCUAAUCUUGGAAAGCUUGUAGUGGAAUCUAAUUAUUUCGAGGAGCACGAGUGGAAUCAAGUUGAAGGCGACUUUCCUCGACUCAAAUUCUUGAAAAUUUCCAACAGUCAUCACCUGACGCGAUGGAGGGCAGAAAAUAUCCACUUUCCUAAUCUUGAGAUCCUCUUUAUAGAGUUCAUGUUGAAUUUGGAGGAGAUCCCUGCAAUUAUUGGAGAUAUAAUCACACUCCAUUCCAUUUACUUCAAAAGUUGUGAAGGUCCUGUCAUCGAUUUGGCAAAGCAAAUAGUGGAGGAACAACAACGUACCUAUGGAAAUGAGAUUCUUCAACUUUAUAUAAAUGGAGAAAGGUAUCAAGUUGGUAGUUACUAGCCGUUAUGACUCAAACAUGAUAUUGUCCUACACCACCUCAAUAAAUUUUAUGGGAGGUCUCGUGUUUGUCUUCACUGUUGUCUAUGUGUGUCGGAAUUUUAUUAAAUUUGUAAUA